AUGGCAGCACCCAUGCCGCGGGGUUUCUCUUGCUUAUUCAGGACUUUAGGAUGGUGGUCUCCACAGCCAGUCCUGGUGACUCAGUCCACAGCAGUAGUUCCAGUGAGAACUAAAAAACGUUUCACACCCUCUACUUAUAAACCCAAAUACAAAUCAGAAAAGGAGUUCAUAGAAUAUGCCCGGAAAGCAGGACGGGUCAUUCCUCAAGAACGUUUGGAGCGUCCCAUACAUCUGGCCUGUACAGCUGGUAUCUUUGACGCCUAUGUUCCUCCUGAGGGUGAUACCCGAGUGUCAUCUCUUUCUAAGGAAGGACUGGCACAGAGAACUGAGCGAUUGAAGAAGAAUGUGGCAUCACAACUGUCAAUCCGGAGCAUAAGAGACAGUGACCCUAAUUUUAAGAUAAAGGACUUCCCUGAAAAAGCCCAGGAUAUCUUCAUUGAAGCUCACCUGUGUCUAAACAACUCAGACCACGACCGGCUUCAUACCUUGGUAACUGAGAACUGUUUUCCGGACAUGGUCUGGGACAUCAAAUAUAAGACCGUCUGCUGGAGCUUCGUAGAAUCUUUAGAGCCACCCCAGGUGGUGCAGGUUCGCUGUUCAAGUCUGCUGAACCAGGGCAACACGUAUGGCCAGGUCACCGUCCACAUGCACACCCGGCAGACUCUAGCCAUCUAUGACCGGUUUGGCCGGUUGACGUGUGGACAGGAAGAUGUGCCCAGAGAUGUCCUGGAGUAUGCUGUCUUUGAAAAGCAUCUGGUGAAUCCCUAUGGGAGCUGGAGAAUGCAUGGCAAGAUCAUUGCCCCAUGGGCACCCCCUAAACAGCCCAUCCUUAAGACGGUGAUGAUCCCUGGCCCCCAGGUGAAACCUUGGGAAGAGUAUGAAGAGCCACAAGGAGAGGCCCAUAAGCCUCAGCUAGUGUGAUGGCAAAACUGACUCUCCUGGGGUGAAGCAUGGGAGGUGAGGCGGCUGGAAGCUGUGAA